GCAUUCGCCAACCCUCUGCGCCACACAUCACAAAAGCACGAAAGUAUCUCAAGCGCACGCGGAUCCUUCUCUCGCCCUCUCCGUCGCGCAGAGUCGCCUAGCCCCGCCGCCGCGCGCGCCAUGGCCUCCGAUGCGUGGCUUUCUCUACCAUGCCGCCUCCCAUCUCUCCUCUCCCCGCCGAUGCUCCGCCGGUUACCCUGCACCGCCGCGGCGUCCACCUCCCCAAGGUGCCGUGUCGGGACGGCGGUGCCCGCGCGCCCCCGCCGCGGCAGGGUGGCCGGCGGCCGGUGCCGGCCUCGCGCCUCCGAGGCUGAGAGGCAGGGACCGGUGCAACAGGAAGACGAGGUUGUCGACAGCAAUGUGCUCCCCUACUGCAGCAUCGACCGGAAGGAGAAGAAGACCAUUGGGGAGAUGGAGCAGGAGUUCCUCCAGGCGUUGCAGGCGUUCUAUUACGACAAGACGGCGAUCAUGUCGAACGAGGAGUUCGAUAACCUCAAGGAGGAGCUCAUGUGGGAAGGAAGCAGCGUUGUGAUGCUAAGCCCAGAUGAGCAAAGGCUUUUGGAAGCCUCCAUGGCAUAUGUGGCUGGCAACCCCAUCAUGACGGAUGCUGAAUUUGAUGAACUAAAAUUGAGAUUAAAGAAAGAAGGAAGUGACAUUGUACAAGAAGGUCCAAGAUGCAGCCUACGGAGUCGAAAGGUCUACAGUGACUUGACUGUUGAUUACUUCAAGAUGUUCCUGCUAAAUGUUCCAGCAGCCAUUGUAGCUUUGACACUAUUCUUCUUCUUGGAUGAUUUGACAGGAUUCGAGAUCACAUAUCUUCUCGAGUUGCCAGAGCCUUUCAGUUUCAUCUUCACAUGGUUUGCUGCACUGCCUUUAAUAUUUUGGGUAGCAAAGGCAAUCACUAAUGCCAUAGUGAAAGACUUUCUGAUUUUGAAGGGUCCAUGUCCAAAUUGCGGAAAUGAAAAUCUUUCCUUCUUUGGGACUAUAUUGUCAGUGCCUAGCGGUGGUGCAAAAAACAGUGUGAAAUGUGCAAAUUGCGGCACUGCGAUGGUGUAUGACUCCGCAUCCCGGUUGAUUACACUCCCAGAAUUAGCAGAGGCAUAAGUAAAGGUGAUUUAGAUUUUCCACUCGCAGGAGGGCCUGCAAAUUCUGCGAUCUACCAUACAACGCAAGACCGACCUUGAAUCUGGUGACAAUCGUGUAGUAAUUUUGAUUGUUUGUGAGGUCUGUUUGUUAUACUAGUCUAUGUAUAUCUUCUUCAAACAAAUGUAGAUAUUUGUAUCUAUACAGAAUUGAUGAAAUGGAGAAACGUGCAUAGUGUACAAAAAAGUAUCUAAAUUCCAUUUUA